AUGCCUUCUGUUAAAGUAGCCAUUGCCACCAACUCCCUAGGGAAAUCGGCUGCAGGUCAUACAAUCCAUCGAAAGCUCGAAGUCGCCAAGUCAAACGGCUUCGACGGAGUCGAAGUUGCCUUCGAAUGUGUUGAUGCGCAUGCAGAUACCUUCUCAUCUCUGGAGACUCGUGAGGAUCGUUUGCGAGCAGCAGCCUCGGAUAUCUUCAAUAAAGCAUCGUCGCUGUCACUCUCUCUUAUUGCAUUGAAUCCAUUCGGUGCAUAUGAUGGACUUGUGGAGGCUCGGGACGUGGAAGAACGUCUGGUAGAGGCAGAUUUAUGGUGUCAACUGUGUCGGAUUAUGCACAUUCCGAUUCUUCAGAUUUGCUCGGCCCUUUAUCCCCUCCAAGAAUCCAAGAUCACUUCUGAACCAAAGAAGAUUGCUGAAAAUAUGCGAAGACUUGGGCUUUUGGCGCAAAAGUAUAACUUACGUGUGGCCUACGAAGCACCUUCAUGGGGUAUUCACAAGAACACCUGGCAGCAUAUCCAGGAGAUACUCGACCUGGUCAACCUCCCAAACGUUGGCCACUGCCUUGAUACAUUCCACAUAGCCUCAAAGGAGGCAGGCGACCCUUUCAAUGUUAAUUCACCCAUCCGACCAGAUGGUUUGCAGCGUCUCCGACAUAGCCUGGAGGAGUUGAAACGAACGGUCGACCCUUCUCGAAUCGUAUAUCUACAGCUUAGCGAUGCCACUGUUGCGGACCCAAAGCAACGGGGGUAUCCACGGAAAGACUUGAACCAGCCAAAAUUCAUGACUCAGUCCAGAAAUUGUCGGAUUUUUCCUUGUGAAGAGAAUUACGGUGGAACUUUGCCUGCUGUACUGGUUGCCAAGACUAUUCUUGAUAUGGGAUACUCUGGCUGGGUAUCAAUGGAAGUUUUCCAUACAGACAUGUUCGACACGCGUUCUUCGGUGCCUGAUCACUGGGCAGGUCGCGGUAUGAGAUCGUGGAAUGAGCUCGCUACUCAAUGUGGACUUAAGCGUCGUUAG